AUGCCUCCCGACAAGGACGACGAGCGCAUCCAGCUCCUUGGAGACGGCAAUGCCAAGGGCGAUGCGCACGAGAAGCCUUACCAGCCCGCCAAUGCCCUGUGUGAUCCUGCCCCGAACCGCAAGCGCAUCUUUGUGCUGUGCUUCGACGGAACCGGCAACAAGUUCCAGGGCACCGAUGCAGAUUCCAACAUCCUCAAGAUAUUCCGCAUGCUCGACAGGCGCGAUGGAAGCCAGUUCUCCUACUACCAGCCCGGCAUUGGCACCUAUGUCACCUCCGGCUCCUUGAGCCACACUUCCCACUGGCAGCGCUUCAGUUCGUGGUAUGCCAAAACCAAGGACUCGGCCAUUGGCACUUCCUUCGCCGAACAUGUCAUGGGAGGCUACAAGUUCCUUAUGCGCUACUAUCUCCCCGGCGAUGAAAUAUACUUCUUCGGCUUCUCCCGCGGCGCUUACAUUGCCCGCUUCCUUGCCGAGAUGCUGGACCACGUGGGCCUGCUCACUGCAGGUAACGAGGAAAUGGCCCGCUUCGCCUGGAAGACGUUCCAGAAAUGGCAGACCCGCACCGAACGCAAUGACGAGGAGAAGAAGGAGAAGAGUCGCUUGCGAGACUACAUGUGCGCCUUCCGAGAGACCUUCAGCCGUCCCGUACGCCGCAUCAGGUUCCUGGGCCUCUUCGAUACCGUCAACAGCGUCCCUGCUUUCGAAGGCCCCUGGAUGAAGCGCAGUAAAUUCCCCUACACUGCCCGUAGCACCGCCAGGGUCAUCCGCCACGCAGUCGCCAUCGACGAGCGCAGGGCCAAGUUUCGUCAGGACCUCAUCUCUGAAGUCAAAAAACAUACACACAGAAAGCAUCAGCAUCUUCCGUACAGAGGCCACGUACAAACAAAGCCCUCUGUAUCCAAGGCCAACGUCACCACCCAAGACAGCGAGCCCGACGCCGCGCAAGCCGGCCAAGAGCGCCGCAAUCAGUUCAACCGCGACCUGCAGGUUCCUCGGCCCUUUCGUGACAGUUCUGAGAUCUCUGGCCUCCGCUCACUGAGUCCUGGGCUCUCCUCCAGGCAACAGAGACGUGGAAGCCGGUCAAGCUUCGGCUCGGUGUCUCGUGUAUCUUCUAAUGUCCAACAUUCGGGUGGAUACGACUCCGAUGAGGAGGAACAAGACAUCCAGGAAGUUUGGUUCGCCGGCUGUCAUGCCGAUAUCGGUGGCGGAUGGGGUCUGGAAACAGACGAAGAGGCAACCCUAAGCCACGUGCCGCUCGUCUGGAUGGUCCGCGAAGCCCAACGCGCCGGCCUCCGGUUCGACGAGAACAAGCUACGUGCCUUGAACUGCUGUCCGGACGAGGAGGAAGAAUAUAUCGACCUUCCUACCCGUGAUGACGACAAUGACCACCAAGCCACUGCCGGUGCGGCUCCUCCGGAGAUUCAGAUCAGUGCUGCUACGCCGCCUCUUGACGGGCGGUCACGUUCCUACCUGGGGCCUCUCCCGAAGUUGAACAAUGGCACCAUAUCCACCACUAACGGGAAUCAGGCAUCUGAGGGAGGGAAAGGUGACACUGAGCAUCAAGAACACUCCAAAAGGUUCCACGCUCUCAUUCACUCGUCGGCCACGGCCGGCAAGAUCCAUGACGUGCUCUGCUUCAACAACGGAGCAUCGCACCUGUCGGUCUUCAGCUGGAAUUGCAUGGAGUGGAUCCCAUUCCGGCGCAUGGAUCUGACGAAUGACGGCUCGUGGCGCAGCAUUGCGUGGCCACUGCCUAAGGGCGAGGUACGCGAUGUACCCAAUGAUGUCGCGGUGCAUCACACUGUGCUACGCCGCAUGCAGCACGACAAGAACUACCGCCCGGGCAACCUGAUCAUUGGCGGCGGCGGAAGAGGCGUGAGGAAAGCACCAGAGCAUGUGGGAAUGGGUAAGUGGAAGGUCUUCAGGGAGGAGGGGGAUGCUAUCGGGGAAGUGUGGGUGAGAGCGUAG